CCCAACGUUCUCCAACUCUCCACUCCGCCUCUCAAUUGCAGCAAUGCAGCGGUCCCUCACUCCCAGGCUGCUCGCCGCAGCUUCGCGCCCCGUCGCUCAGCGCGCCGCCCUCCCUGCCCGCCGCUUCUUCGCCGACAAGGUCGACGCUUCCUCGGAGCCGGCUCCCAAGAGCGCCAGCGAUGAAGCUCCUGCCGCUCGCGCUGGCGAUUCUGCCAUGAUCCGUCAGGAGGGUGCCCUUGAGGGUGCGCCCAGGCACGCCCCGGACUACAAUGUUGCGAUUGACUACCGCACCUCGACCUACUCUCCCAUUCCCAAGCGCGUCAUGGACGGCAGCGAGCCCGGCCGGACCGUCCCCGCCGCUGUUCUCUCUGGCGCUCCCACCGACCUGCAGGCCAGGACCGUCCGCAUCUACAGGCCCACCAAGACGGCCACUCAGUCCGGCGACUGGCACGGGCACAUGUGGCAGCUGGACUGGGACCCGCUUCCCAAGGGCCACAGAUGGGAGAACCCGCUCAUGGGCUGGCAGUCGUCCGCAGACUUCAUGCAGAGUGAGCGCGUUGCUUUCAAGUCCAAGGAGGAUGCCAUUGCCUUUGCCGAGAAGCAGGGUUAUGAGUAUUAUGUCCAGGAGCCGAACGAGAGGAGAUUCAUACCCAAGGCUUACGCCAACAACUUCACUCACAGCCCCAAGAAGCUCAAGAUCAUCAGGACCAAAUAAGCAUUCUGUGAAGGAAUGGAGUCUGUACAUAUAUUGACUGUCUGCAAAACACACCACUAGCACAGUAGCUAGCUGCGGUCGUUUUCUAAAUUUUUGCCAUAUUUUUAUCCCUACAAUAUCGUGAAUUGAAUUCUCGC